AUGAAUCAAUUGCUGUUUGAGCAGUCCUGUGGCAAUCUUGGUCCCAACGUCUUUGCCAGGCUGCAGACUAUGAAGCUGUUGAACUCAUUCCGGCCUGCGCCUGAAUUUCGUUUUAAUGGCGGCGAGAAAGGUAUUGCUGUGCGAGAUGAUGAUAGAGGCGCCAUAGCCCCGGACCCUGCCUCUACUCUAUGGGCCCAUCAGGCUGGUGUAAAUGCUCUGGCCCUCGAGCGCUUCGACGGUAGAAUCCUCGUAUCGGGUGGAUUGGAUGCCUCAAUAAAGUUGUGGGACCUAGAGCAGUGUGGCAAUCCAUCCAAGGCGCAUACCUACACUCCCGACGCCAAAAUUCCGCGUUCUGACCAAGCCCACAAGUUUGGAAUUACGCACCUUUCCUUCUACCCCUUCGAUUCGGCUGCCUUUCUGUCAACAUCGUACGAUCAGACCUUAAAAGUCUGGUCCACGGAGACAGCUAGCUUGUCAGCCUCAUUUAAUCUUGGGUACAAGGCCUAUACCCACGCGAUAUCCCCUAUCGCCUCGCACUUACUAGUCGCCUGUGGGACGCAACAUCCUGCCGUACGCUUAGUGGAUCUACGUACUGGCUCUAAUGUGCAGUCGCUAGCUGGAAACUCGGGCGCUAUACUAGCCACGUCAUGGUCUCCGCGACACGAACAUGUUCUUGCUACGGGUAGUGUAAACGGGGCUGUCAAGAUCUGGGAUGUCCGACAGGCCGGUGGGGUUAUUGGCAUGUUAGAUCAAGAAGACAGUCUAGGCUUGUAUUAUAACGGCCUUCUAGACCCCAGUGGCAAAGUCAGAGUUCGAGCCUCCGCAAAGGCCCAUGCGGCCCCGGUAAAUGGCCUGACCUGGACAGACGACGGAGAAUACAUUAUUUCAGCAGGACAUGACCGACGCAUUCGGGUUUGGGAUGCUGCCACAGGUAGAAAUACACUCGCGAGUUUCGGCCCCAGUAUUAGGAAUAGCCAACUGGCAAGUGUUACUAUGUUCACGUCGCCAGUCGGCCUGACUCAUCCCGGUAAAGAACUACUCUUCUGGCCCAACGAGACGGAGAUACUCGUUUUGGACUUGCACGAUGGCCACGUCGUCUCCAAGCUGAGAGGAACCGGUCCAGCGAUGGCCGGUGUCCAAUCCACCAGCGGUGCUCAGCGGACUGUCAAGAAUCGGAUUUCUAGCAUAGUGUGGAGGGGAGCGGGCGGUGGAGUUGGCUCAAGCGGCGUUGUAAUGGGAGGGGGGAACAUGGCAGGCGCCAUCUACACAGCGCACCUCGAUGGCCAGAUUAGGGCGUGGACGCCCCGCCUAGAAGGGGAUGAUGAAGAAGACGAAGACGAUUCCUUAGAUGCUGCUAGUGAGGAUAAGGCUAAAAAGCGGAAAGCACUUGAUGACAUCUUCAAAGGCUUGGUGGGGAAGAAGAUCACUUUUACCUAG